AUGUUUUUCCGAGCAAAGUAUCUUGAGUACGACUUCGUGUGGCAGCUUGAAAGUAGGCCGAACGACAGCCACGGAAGAAUCUUUGGGAGAGAAACGCUCGUUGGUACAUACAUGAGCUACGCAGACAUUCCUAACGGCCAAGGCAUUUGGGGCCCUCACCAAGAUGCCUAUCUCUACGUCAAACCGCAAGGCCCUCUUUCCCCAGCUCGCAACGCUACGCAAUGGGGUGUAGGGGAGUCUCUAGACCUGAUUACACUUGCUCCGAUUGUAGAUCCUGUAGGCCCGGAUUGUAACCAUGUUUCCAAGACGCAUGGCUAUGAUCAGCAUAACACGAACUUCCCGGCGCCUACUGCGAUUGAUAUCUCUGAGGCAGCGGACGGUUGGGUCUGCCUUUUACAUGGCCUGAAAGCCGUAUAUGUCCCACACCAAAUUACGUUUACGCCCGAUGCCGACAUCUAUUCCGUAGAGGAAUUUGACAAGCUGCUGCACAGAGGGUCACCAUCGAAUUUUGGCAGUGAAAGCACGUUACUUCCCGACUUCCGCUGGCUGAAGGCAAGCUAUUUUUACAUAGCAGGAAAGGCGUCAAAGCUGUGGCAAGAGUACACCAAUGGGAGGACUGAUCCCAUGGCUGAUUAUCCCAGCUUCAUGGAGACGAUUACCCGUGGGUUGUUGGCCUCGCUGAGGCAGUGGAUGUUGCUUCGAGUGGAUGCGUCAACGAGGCCAGGACCAGCAGUGCCUGUUGUUUUGCACGACCUGAUUUCCGGCGAACAAAACUCGUUGUGGCCGCGGUAUUAG